AUGUUUUUCUUUUCACUGCAGACUCGGAUUUGUCCAGCGCCCUCAUUUUUGACGUCAUUUCGUGCUUCGAAGGUGUUGUUCAUCAGUAUAGAAAACUAUGGCUAUGUAUGGCGAUUUAAUAAGAAUAUCGAUUAUUUUUCUGCUUCUCAUUCUUUAAUUAACGUGAGUUUAGACCGAUUUAACAGAGAUAUUUUACAGACGGAGACAUUUCACAUUACCGAGCUUCUGGCUGAGGUGAAUCAACAGUUGCUAGGUCAUGUUCAUGCUAAUGCUGGUGUACGGAAAGCUUGCGCAGAAUUAAAUAAUUAUAUCUUGCGGUUGUUGCCCUGUGUGGAUCUUGGUCUUGUUGGACUCUCGGAUUCAAUUCGCAUGAAUAUCGAUGCUGCGUUUGCGUUCAGCAACGAUUUAUCGGUCUAUGCAACUUCUGUUUGCCCAGUCAUGUAUGCGAGCAAUAAGAUUAAUUGCGGUAUCGGGUAUUUCACUGAAGGUCACAGAUAUAGUCGUGGACGGCCAUGGAUUUAUAUCAGUUUUAAUCGAAGAGAGGUGAGAGAGAAGAAAGUCGCAUGCAUGGGUAUCUUUUACUGCUAACAUGUCUUUAAUCAUUUGUUUAAGUUUGCGAAUUGAAUCAGCCUGUCUUUGAGUUAGGGCUUGAAGCAGACUGCUACAAGCAGUUUCUGGCGCUGAAAACAUUUUGUUAUUUAUUGUGCAAUUACUGUAAAUAGGCGUCUUACUCUUAGUGAUUCUUUGACUUGCGAGUUUGCGUCAAGCCAUUUGCAUAUAUGAAAUGAAUUUAGACAUCAAUAAUAUAAAACAAUGUUACCUAAAUAAUUCUGAGGGCAGACUACAUGCUGGGCUUAACUAUCAUUUGUCGCAUGACAAGCUUUUUAUAGAAAUAUAUUUGUUUGUUGGCUGUAACCUGAAAUUCAGGUGAUGCGAUUUAAAUAAAGUACGAUGAGAUUUAAAAAAAAGACAAUCCUGACAAAAUAAUUGUUUUAUAACAGACAGGCUAGCACAGGGUUUUAAACAUUCGUUGUAGUGUUGGGUUCAAUAUGGGUUUUAUUUAUACACGAGAGUGUCAAGUUACUAGUAAGGACCCACAUCACAUGAAAUGUUUAUACGCAGUUGUUGCGAUGGUUUAACAGAUUUAUAGUUUACUAUUAUUUUAUAUAAACUGUUUUAAAUUCAACAUGCCUAUGAAUUUUUUGGUUCAGAACACUGUCACAGACUAUUUCAGAAAUCUCAGAACCUAGCUAGUUAGUAACCAACAAGCUCACUUUCCGCUACUGCAGUAUGCUAUUGCUAGAUGUUUCAGCCUUCCCCAACCGAUUUUAAGUUUUUAACUACGAUAGUACGAUUGAUAUAUUUUCAGCAAGUCAGAACAAUUUCUUGUUCGCAAAUUUGAACAAUAAGUAUCUAGUCAAACGAGAGUUAAAUGCCCAGAUCCACAAGGUGCAAUAUAUAUGAUAUAUUUUCUACAUUAGCUACGCGGCCAGUAACCAUGACCUGCAGGCAUUGGCUGGGAACUCUUGAUUCACCUCAGUCAGAAGCUCUGUAAUAUAAAAUAUCUCCGUCUGUAAAAUAUAUCCGUUAAAUCGAUCUAAACUCACGUUAACUAAAGAAUUAGAAGCAGAGAAAUAAUCGAUAUUCUUAUUAAUUUUAAAUCGCCAUACAAAACCAUAGUUUUCUAUAUGAAAAACACCUUCGAAGCACGCAAUGACGUCAAAAAUGAGGGCGCUGGACAAAUCCGAGUCUGCAGUGAAAAGAACAACAUGGCGCCCGAAUUUGACAAAAUCGCAAAUUUUGACAAGCAAUUUCUGCUUUACUAUUAAUAUUUAGACCGAAAUACUUGACGAACAUUCUAAUAAGGGUAAGAUCUUUCAUAUAAACCACACUGUAUUUGGACUGGAGUUCCCCUUUAAUAAUUAAGCUUACGUAUAUUUAUUCAGUUUUGCUUCACUGUAAUUACGUUAUAUAAAUUGAUUGAAGUUUAUAUAUUUCGAAGUUUUCCUUGAUCUGUAUUUCAAAAUUUGAAUUUGGCAAUUUCCGUUCAAUUAUUAUACCUUCCAUUUUAUUGACAACAAAUCCUUUCUUUUUCGAAAUCCCUUUUGGUAAGGCAUCCAUUAUUAAAAAGAAAUAAAAACAAGGUUUCAGUUAUUUUUGACGGUGAGUUUUGUAUGUUUAACACUCUUAACUUUCGACAUUGCCAACACGAAUGCCAAUGGCGACUUUUUUGCUGUCAAAAACAUUACGCAAUCAUGAAAAGGUGGUUUUUGCCUUUGUUUGACCCAAUAUAAGUUUAAAAAUAGGCACGCUAAACGUGCAUGUGGCUACUGCUUUUAGUUUAAAAUUUCGAUAAAUAUCUUCACCAUGUAAGACGUGUAAAUGUGCUUUCACAUUUUUAGCACAAAAAUUCGAAACGACGCUAUCCCAUGACACUUUGCGCUCCCACACUUGAACUAGGCACCAGGCCUCCAGGAAACGCGCAAACUAUUGCUUUAGUUGUCAUGUAAUAUAGUUUCUCCUUGAAUAUAAGGAAUAUUUACAAAUGUUUUCGAUCAGUAGACUGUUAAUUAAUUUAUUUAUAAUAAAUUCUCGGAAAACGCAAAUUCUCUACAACGAUUCAAUAAAACAUGGAAAGAACUCAACUUUAGAAAUUAAAUUAGAAUGUAGUUAUAUGGUAUCAGGGAUGAUGGAAAUGGGUGGAGCAAGGUCUCCUUUCCAAAAGGGGGCAAAUGUAGUAGGGCUUUCCACAAGUUGCUCGGCAACUUUUUGGAAACUUCUCGUUUUAUGAGCAACUUUUGUUUUAAACGGCAACUUUUGUAACUUCGAGCAACUUUUCAUGAAUUUCACACCUUUGUAACUUUGUUUAGCGAUUUUGAGUUUAUUUUCAUUCUGUGUAGAAGGAUGGUAGGCCAUUUUAGGAUAAUGAUAAACAACUUUAGCUCUCGAAGUCCAGUCAAUCUCAAUACGUCUUUAUCGGUAUUUAAUACUCGAUAUUGCACUUUUGGUAUUGAAAAUGACCGACAGCUCAAGCACAGAGGCUCAAGGGAAAAAGCAAGUCGUGUAAAGAACAUCCUAAUAACACUAUUUAGUAUUUUUGCACAACUGAACAUAACAAAUACCACAAGUUAAUUGGUCAAAUUUGACGUAUUAAGCUGUUAUAUUCACCUAGAGGUGAAUAUGACAAAACCGAAAUUUGCAAAAUGGCAGCUAGCAGUUUUGUGGAAGUUAUGAUAAAGAAUUAAGCGAAAUUAAAGUAAAUUCAUGCAGUCCCAAAAAAACAAGUACAAAUUAAGACUUGUGUAAAAAUACUAAAACAAUUAUUCGCCUCCGGUUCGGUGAUCAUCGGGGAAUAUUAGAGAGCUUAAGAUUUGCAGCAAACGCCAGGCAAAGAAAAAUUUUACGGUAUCAGGCAAUAAAGAGUUAAUAAACUUGCUGUUUUAAAACUGGAAUACAUAAUUAUUCUUUUGAUGCAAGAAAGAAAAUAUGAAACGAAAACGUUCAACGUUAAUUUUGCCAAGAAAGUUUGAACCUGCCGUUUACCGUUCCCGGAAACGUGAAGCUCAAACUCCAUAAUCACCUCGACUUGGUCUCGACGAAUAUUCCUCGAUAAUCACUUCGCCUCCGGCGAAUAAUUGUUAAAUAUUUACACAAAAGCUGGUAUUUGACAUUAUCAUAAUUGUUUUUACACUAUGCCGGAUUUUAUAUUCGAUUACGUGGAACUAUAAUCUAUAUAUAAAGUAAUAUAUUAAAAAAUUGUGUCAUGCUUCAUAUAUGUUUAUUAAAAAAUUGUUUCAUGCUCAAAAUUGCUCAAAAGUUAAAAUAGCAGCACUUGGCAGCGCAAUUAAAGUAGCAACUUUUGAGCAACUUUAUUGAAAAGUGAAAACUUUUUGUGGGGAAUGGGCAACUUUUGGGCAACUUUUCUUCCUUCUUCGAGCAACUAUUAUUAGAAUUUCAAGCAACUUGUAGAACCCCCUAAAAUGUAGCAUUUUAAUAUAAAUAAAAUACAAUAUUUUUGUACCAAACUUACUUUAAUAAAAAAUUAAUUAACAAAGAUAAUAUGAUAGAAGAGUAUUUGUAUAUUUAAUUAGCUAUUUCCCAAAGUCCUAGGUCUACUUGCACGAAUCCCUUGUUGGAGGGACCAGAAAUAUGGCAGCACGCAUUUACAUUAAAGUUUAAUGUAAAAAGGAGAUAUUUCAUUUUUGGUCGUGUAAAAAGUUGAUAUUUGAUAGUAGAUACUUCUACUCUUUCACAUAUUUGAGGGAUGUCUACAUAUUUUGCCAUCCAAAUGACCCCAGAAUAUGCAUUGUGAUCUCUUUUGAGAAAAGGCUAAUUACAGUUAAAGUGAAUAUACUAACCCAUAUAGAAUUUAUAUCCAGGAUGACAUUUGACAUCUUGAAAGAAUAUUGAGGAAAAAUAUAUUAUUUUGGAGAAAAAAAUACAAAAAUUGGAAACGGAUGUUAUAUUUAAAUUUUAACAAAUUUAUUUUUGUUCUUCGAGAAAAUUUAAGUAAGAAAUAAUUUAUUAUUAACCAUUAUUUUUUAUGUUAAGAAUUUGAUUUCUUGUUUUAAAAUUUUUUUUAAGAAAAUGAUUUAAUAUGAAGAUGACGAAAUCGUAAGAAAACAUCCAUAUUUGAAGAAAACAAAUGUAAUUUAAGAUAUGUUAAGAGAAUUUUUCUUAUUUCAAGAAAAAAUGUCUUGCAAAUCAAAUACUUCUCAUUUUAAGAAUCGUUUUUCUAAUUAAGAAAAUUCGUUUCUCACUUCAACAAAUAUUUUCUUGAAGUAAGAAUAGUUUUCUCAACAAGAAAUUUUUUUUGCUGUGUAGUUGCAGAUACUAUAUAUUGGCAUAUCUACAUAUAUAUCUGCAAUUUGUAUGCAGAUAUUAUGCAGAUAUUUUGACAGACAAUUGAAAUAUCUGCAAAUAUCUGCAACUUUUAUGCAGAUAUUUUGCAGGUAUGUUGACAGACAAAUGACAUAUCUGCAAAUAUCUGCAAAUUUUAUGCAGAUAUUUUUCAUAUAUGUUGACAAAUAAUCAAUAUAUCUGCAAACUAUCUGCAACUUUUAUGCAGAUAUUUUGCAGAUAUUGCAGGUUGCAGUUAUUGUGCAGUACUGCAACAGAUAUGUGACAGAUGUUUGCAGACAUUUUACGUUUAUGUCAGUUUGGUACACACAUAUGAAUGUAAGUAUUCUAAAGCUCACUCACACUCAAAGAGUUGACGCUCGAUUACGAGUGAAGUGUGAGUAAAAGGUACCUAGCUCACUUGAGCUGCACUCUCCUGCACUUAGUAAUACGAACACAUGGCGGAUAGGUGGCUAAACAGGUUAAUAACAUUAGAGCUAGAAUAGUAUUUCUUCCAACAACCAAACUAAUCGAAAGGUGGAAAGGUGUGAUUAUGAGUAUGAAGAUCAGCAAUUUCGGAGCAGAAACAGCUUAAAACUAAGACUGAUUUUCGUGACCACUCUGAAUCGGGACUUACAUGCAGCACUUCAUGAACAUGAUGUUACUAAUAGAAUUUAAAUCCUGAGCAAGGCGUAGCCGAAGUGUGACCCCAUAAGUGCUCUGAAGUCCUGAGGCCUUCUAAACGAUGCAGAACUAUUAAUUUUUCGUUCUUUGUUUGUAAAUUCGUCUUUAUAAUUUCCGAUGACACUCUCACUAGUGCUUUAUUGUUUUUAAGCAAUUAAAAUUAUAAAAAAUUAUUUAAAUAUAAUUGUAAUUUUGGCAUAUAUAUCUUCUCCCAACAAUUGGAGAAAUUAAUCAUUAAUUUAAUUAACAACAGAAAUUUAAUAACUAAUUUUUUUAUCUUUAGAUAUCAAUAAGCUGACGGAGUGUAACUUUAAGGGAGACAUUCAACAUUAUUAUGAGUCGUUUCACCCUGAAACCAGGAUCUGGCUUUUAGAGAAAGUUGAUCGCUGGUUUGAACGUAAAGAUUCGAAUUCUCAAGUUAUGAUCCUCACUGCUGAUGCAGGAUUUGGAAAAACUACGUUUGCUGCGAAAGUUUGUAAGGAGUAUCAGAAAACAAGACAGUUAAAGGCAUGCCACUUCUUUAACUCCCGCUAUACAGAUCGCAGGGAUCCAUGUAAGAUGUUUGAGUCCUUAGGAAGUCAAUUGUGUAAGAAUGUGAAUGGAUUUAAAGAGAUAUUAGAUGUGCAGUUACAACGAAAUCACUCACGCAGCACUAUUGGAGAUGCCUUCCGUGUGUUUUUAAAGGAUCCCUUGGAUUCACUACCCGAUGAAAUGCCCAAUUUUCUAAUUGUAAUUGAUGGUUUAGACGAGAGCUUGAGUCGGGAAAAAGAGCAUUUAUUAGAUGUAAUAGAGGAAGAAUUUCGAAAGCUUCCCAAGUGCGUGAAAGUAUUCAUAACCAGCCGACCCGAGCUAGUUACGAAAGAGAAAUUGGAACGCUUGAAUCCUGUUGAAAUCCUACGUGAUGAUGAAGGCAACAAAGAGGACUUGAAGAAUUAUCUUGUUUCCUGUGUGAGCGGCAGAUAUACUGUUGAUCAAUAUGACAUGGAGGAAAUGGUCAAAAUGUGCGAGGGAUCAUUUUUAUAUGCGCAUUAUUAUCAGUUGGAACUACGUAAAUUGAACAUUGUGGAGAAUGUUUUGAGUGUUGUGCCUAAAGGAACACAUUCCAUUUACCAAAAGUAUUUCAAGCGCUUGGAAGAGGAACUAAAGACAGUGUCAAUCGACAUCGAGUUUGAUAAAAUCCUUGAAAUUCUGGUUGCCAUGCAAAACCCAUUUCCAUUAAGCCUUAUUGCCAACAUUCUUAAAUUGCCUGGAUCUACCCGUACUAUGAGGGCAGUGAUAACCAAGGUGAAUGAAUGUCUUUCAGCAUUGCUGCCUGUUUAUGAUGAUUGUGUAACUGUUUUCCACAAGACAGUGGUGGACUGGCUUCGAGCAGAUGGAAAAUAUGGGAAUCAUUCCUUUUCAGUAUCUUUGCGAGGUGCACAUAAAACAUUGUGGCAAACUUGUCGACAGAUAUUUGAGCAGUUGAAAGGGGCUGAAGAAGUAGAGAAGCAAGCAAAGAAAUAUGCAUUGGAAAAUGGUGUAGACCAUCUUUGGGAUACUACUUUUUUGCUUACAAAGAAUUGUAAGUAUCAGUCUAUAUUUGGUCUAUUCUAA